UAAUAAUCAAGUCACUUUCGUUUCCAUCGUUCCGUGCGAUUUCGUUCUUUUGAGGUUAUCAUUCUAUCUGCCUGUAUUUUCAUUUUUGAAUUUGAUUUUUGGCUUUUGCUGAAAUAGUUCAAAUUACAAAUAUUUCUGUUUUAUUUGUCAACUGUCAGACUUAAAAAAUGGAUAAACCAGUUGUAUUAUCAAGAGUUUUGAAGGUUUUGGGCCGUACAGGGUCGCAAGGUCAAUGUACGCAAGUUAAAGUUGAGUUCAUUGGCGAACAAAAUCGUCAAAUCAUCAGAAACGUAAAAGGACCCGUCCGUGAAGGCGAUAUACUUACACUCCUCGAAUCCGAAAGAGAAGCAAGAAGACUUCGAUGAUGAUUUUAAUGCAAGUAUCUAUAAAUUUAUCUUGUAUAUGAAUAACAAUAACAACAAAAUGUAAUUAAAUUUAUAUUAGUACAAUAAAAAUAUAUACAUGCAUUAAAAA